AUGCGGUACAACCUUCCAGACAUGGAUACCAAUGCCAAAGGUCUUCCCCCAGCGACGCCCCCAAAGCAGGAUCCAAAUACCAUCAAUUCCUGGGUAACACCUGAGAAAGACUCGCCUCCGCAGCUUCGGUACUAUUGCGGGGUGACGGCGGUCGCCAGCGGAUCGGGGUACCUAUCACUGUUUCACGACCUCGGAGCAGAUGCCACUCUUUUGAGAGGCAGCGGUGAAAUCGAAUGGAUCCGCAAAUCGGCAGGUGGAAUUGAUGCAUUGACAGCCCUCUUGCGGCCUGGUUUGGCAUCCAUCUGCCUGCUGUCCGAAUCCCCCCCGAAUGGCUUUCGUAUUGCACAGUCUGGCUUUCGCCUCCGUCGGACAGGUGUAGAUGUCGUCGUCACUUGUGCCCACUUCGCCAAGUGGCCUGAUAACCAGAAGGAUUUUGAUGACAUGGCUCGGAGUUAUUCUUGCAUGAAACGUGGAAGGCACGUAGCAGUCCAAGACUGGAUGGUUGAGUACGAUUGUGUUGCGGACUACAUGAAUCAACUCGAGCUCCAGCUAAUUGCGGUUCACCGUCCAUGGGAUCUUGCCAUUUUCCGGGUGAGAGAGAAACCUAAGGGGGAUGAAAAGAACACGGUGAUCGAUUGGAGUCAGAUGCACUUCAUGCCCGAGGAGGAUCAAGGCAAGCUGGGCUCAAAGGGACUCUGGUGGUCGGUGGGAUUCAACCUUGACGACGACGAGGAGAAAUUCCGGUCGGAUUGGAAAGGUUUUUUCCACCGGCAACUUGACAGCGUUCAAAAUGACAUCCGUCGACGAUAUGAAUACGACGGAGACCAUCCACCCCCCUUGAAAUUCCUUCGAGCCGGUCGGCGAACUGUCAGCUUCGGAGGUUUGGAUGAGUUGGUUGGGACUGGGUUUCCUCAUCAACAAACCCAUCAAGUAUCUCUGAAUCUCAGUGCUUGGUAUGGACGUUCCGGCUCAAUGGUCUGUACUCGUGAGAAGAGUGACGUCGAAGGCGCAGAGAGCCAGGUCCAUGUCCAUGGUCUCAUCUAUGGAGGCUCGUCUGCAAGCAAUUACAAUGUGAUGACUAGGUUCACCAGACAGAUGGAAGGUUGGUUUGAGAAAGCUUUGAGUUUCGACCCGGACUUGGAAGAGCAUCCUGUUGAUUUCAGUCAACGUUUUGUCGUGGCGCUUGACGUCGACACUGCGGCUGAAGUCGAUUCUACAACUGUGGACGACACCGUGAUGAUUGAUGCAUGA